AUGGAAGCAGCAUAUAAAUAUGAGAAGGGAGAGGCAGUCACAUCGUUCAGCUCUGACAAGUGUUUCAACCCUGAGCCUUAUCAUUUUUUGAAAUUUCCAGCUCUUCCGUGCAGUAUGAGGCUUCUUACGCUUUCUGUUCUUGUGAUUGCGUGUGUGGAAGCAGUGCCAAAGCAGCGCCGUUCUACUCCAGAGGAAAAAUCUAUUGAAAGGCUGAAAAGAGAAACUAUCAAUAAAAUGCAACAUAACAUGGGACGCUCAAUUGAGGAAAUCAACGAGAACAGUGGAGUUGCAGGCGCAUACCACGGAGAUAUUCUCUUCACUGGGGAUGAACUGGAAGAGGUGGGGACCCGUUCCAAAAGACAAGCAAUGAGUAACCUCAAAAAGAGAUGGCCAAAUAAAACGGUCCCCUACAUAUUCUAUUAUAUUGAUGAGAAAACCAAGGAUGCCUUCAAGAAAGCAGCACAAUUAUGGAUGAACAACACGUGCAUUGACUUCAACGAACAUCCACAAUGGACGAAGAGGGGCGACCCCAUUCCACCCACCGGACACUUAGUAAGUGUCCCCCGGAAAAGGAUGUUUUUCGUACGUCGGUAA